AAGCGUAUAUAAUUUAGAAAACCGCGAAACUGGUUUAAGUGGUAACGGUCGUUCGGUCCAGUGACGUAAUUUAAGGGCGGUUCCAUUACGCUCGCUCCAUCCGUAGGGUUUAAAAGUAUAGGCAUAUAAAACCUGUUAAAUUAUAAUCAUUUUAACAUUUCAAAAUAUUACAUAUUUAAAUUGUGUGUUUUUUCUUCUUAAUAUACAUUCCCUGAGUACAACAUUUAAAAACUCUCAAGGAAUAAUGCUUUAUGAUUUCACCUAUUUUAUAUCCAAUGGAAUAUUCCGCUGCCUUGAUUGGUUUAAAAGUUUGAAUCGCUUCAUUUCUCCUGAUUGCUUUCGGCGGGACAGGAACAUAUGGGCAUUGAGUAAAAUAUGAUUUAUUAAACUAAAUGUUCAGAUUUAUCCACUUAAAAUGAUUUGGCGUUGUGUUAUUUGCUGCCUCUUUGUGGCAUUGUCGUUAAGAGCUCUGCUGAGUCACAUAAACACCGUGCAUAGUUCCAGCCCGGAUUUCCACGUGAUCUGUGGGAUUGAUGGUUGCGCUCAGGAAUAUCGAGUCUACAACUCAUUUUACUAUCAUGUCAAACGGAGGCAUUCUUCGCAUUUUAUCAGUCACAAAUCGAGGUCAAGUGGAAGCCAAAAUUCAGCUCAAGCUAAAGGGAACAAUUGCCGUGCGUGUGCAUCUGCAGAUAUUGGAAUCCAAGUGGAAGAGAGACUUUUCGAGAAUUUCGGUAUCCCACUUCAGCCAGAAUUUCUGCCAAAUGAACAUGUGUCAAGCAUACCAGGAAAUACCAACGACGAGGACAAUUUUAACUUUACCGGUGGCCAAGCACCAGACAUAGCCGAUUCCGCCAGCUCUGUUGAUGGCGCUGCGUCUACACCGUUGACUGAACCUGAACAAGAGGCAAUGCACCAUGAAGAAAGUGAUGAGCCUGAAGUUGAUAAACUGAGAAAGCAUGCUUCUGCAUUUGUACUGACUUCAAGAGUGAAACACUGCCUUUCCCAGCGAGCUGUCAGUGACAUCAUUUCCGGGGUGCAGCAGUAUCAAGCCUCACUGUUGGACUGCCUUCGGAGCCAAAUUACAGAUGUUAUUCACAGACAAUCAGGAGUCACUGAUCAAUUGAUGAGUGAAGUUCUGGACAUUUUUAAUAAUUUUGAAGACCCUUUUGAAACAGUUUCCACCACAUAUAUGCAAGAUUCAAAUAUAAAAAAGCAGUUCAAGGUAGUUGAAGCCGAAGAAAUUGAAAUUUCCCAGACUGCAUCCUUUAGGAGAAGAGGAGCCUCACAAGCUCUAACAAUAAGAAAAAUAUGCUUUUACUAUAUUCCUUUGGUGCGAAGUUUGGAACAACUACUUUCACAUCCAAUGAUUGUAGCAAUGUUUGACAAUGGACCAAACCAAAUGGAUUUGGAUGGAUUUGUCAAUGACAUUAUUGAUGGGGAUAUUUUGAAGUCCCAUCCACUGUUCUCUGUGAGACCCAAUGCUCUGCAGCUAUCCUGUAUACUGAUGAGAUAGAACUGUGCAAUCCUCUGGGGUCGUAUGCCUCAAAAAACAAACUGUUAAUGGUGUACUACACUUUGGGCAAUAUAAAUCCUAAACACAGGUCUAAGUUAGCAGCCAUCCGUCUACUUGCCAUUGCAAAAUCAAGUGAUAUCUCUCAGUGUGGUGUAGAUGUGAUUUUGCAGAGAAUACAAGAGGAUUUGAAUUUGUUGUAUAAUGGAGUGAACAUCAAAACUGCCCACGGGGAGCGAACACUGUAUGGUGCAGUAGUUUCUUUCUGUGGCGAUACCCUAGCUCAGCAUGAGCUAACGGGCUUUAAAGAGGGAGUUGGAUUUGCAUUCCGAAAAUUCCGUUUUGAGGAUAUGCAAGUUCACUUUGAUGCAGAAAACUUUGUCAAAAGGUCUUUAGAUAGACAUGUCAGACAGUGUAAUGAAAUUGAGAGGGCAGCCACAGACUUUCUGAGAAGCAGUUUGAAAACCACUUAUGGAAUUAAUAGGAAAAGCAAACUAAUUGAUUUCCCAGCCUUUGAUCUCAUCAGGCAAACACCUCAGGAUAUUAUGCAUGUGAUAUUAGAAGGUGUGGCACCACUGGAAGUUAAAACUGUACUUAAACAUCUUGUGCUAUCAGGGCAGCUGGAACUGGACACAUUUAACAGUGCUAUUCUAGGAUACCCAUACUCCACUGAUGUCCGAGAUAAACCUUGCCCUAUUACUGUCACAACAUUAUCAUCGAAUGAAAACGGACUAAAGCAAUCAGCUGGGCAAAUGCUUGUCUUAUUGAAGAUUCUGCCAUUCGUGUUGGACAGCUGUGAAAGAAACGAGUACUUUCAAGUGAUUAUUGAGUUAAUAGAGAUUGUUCAGAUCUUAUUUGCACCAGUUAUUGCGUUGACCACUGCAGAAAAGCUUAAGUUGCUUAUUAAGCAACAUUUGAGCAAUGUUAAACGGUUAUUUCCUGAGAACAAUAUAACACCAAAGCAACAUUAUUUGAUACAUAUUCCUGAACAGAUUAAAGAUUUAGGUCCAAUGGUCAGACACAUGUGUAUGCGAUUUGAAUCAAAACACUGUUUUUUCAAACAGUGGUCUUCCAAGUUAAAUUUUAAGAAUGUUUGCAAGUCCUUGGUUAAACACAAUCAGAUGUUUGAGAGUUGUCAAAAUGUCAGUCGUGAGAAUCACCCAAUUUUUUCAAAAGACAUUCUAUUGGGUCCUGUAUCUGAAGUGGAAAAUAUGAAGUAUGUGCAGGAUAAAAUGAGAGCUUUUUUGGGUGUAGAAAACGUGCAUCAUGUGGUGUCUGCAAAAUGGCUUGAGCUAAGUGGCAACCGGUAUGUGCACCAGAAAUCAGUGAUUGUAAUCAAUGUUAAUGAAGGCGUUCCUGUAUUUGGGCUCAUAAAGGACAUGUACAUUGUAAAUUAUUCCUUGUAUUGCUUUGAAUGUCAAGUUUAUAAUACAGUGGGUUUCAGUCGUGAGUUUGCUUCUUACGAAAUUGAGGUCCCAAACCUUGCUCAAGCCACUGAGAUAGUGGAUUCAGAUAAAAUUGUAGAUUAUACAUCAUAUUACGCACUCAGUUUUAAGAACCGUACUUACAUUCCUCUGAAGUAUUAUCUCGGAGAUGUGUGUGAGAUUUACAAGUGCACCACUAACUGCUAAUUUAAUGGAAAACAAAUAAAAGUAAAGGGAAAGCACAGUCAGUUUCCUCUCUCCUUGGUUUCUUUUUUUUUUCUUUACCUGACUGUACUGAUCUAAAAGAUAAGACAUUUUGCUAAAAAAAAUAUAUGUCCAGUACCUUGUGUGUACUUGGUUAUUGUUAAAGGAUUAGUUCACCCUGAAAAUGAGAAUUUCCUAAACCUUUACUCACCCAAAUGCCAUCGAUUGUUUCUGUCUUCAGUGGAAAAUCAAUUAAUUUUGAGGAAAACGUUUUAGGAUUAUUCUCCACACAAUGAACUUGAAUUGCAACCAAAAUUUUGAAGUUCAAAUCAAUGCAGAAUCAAUCCAUCGCUCAUUUUCUUAUAUCUCCUGGGAUUGAGGAAAGACAUUUGGAGCACUUUAAAGUCCUUUAAAAACUGCAUUGAUGUGGACUUCAACAUUUUGGUUACCAUUAAAAUCUAUUGUGUAGAGAAAAUCCUAAAACGUUUUCCUCAAACUUAAUUUAUUUUCCACUGAAGAAAGAAAGACAUGAACAUCUUGGAUGUCAUUGGGGUGAGUAAAUUCAGGAAAUUUUCAUUUUGGGGUGAACUAAUUUUUUAAAAUGAAGUUACUGGAUGCUGUUUGGUGUACAAGAUGUUGUCUAUAAAUUGACAGUUGUCCGCACCAAAUAAAAUGGUAUGUUUCUCUGAUUUGCAACUUCUUGUUUAUCAUUUUGUUCAAACUAAAUCUUUAAUUCACUGAAUUGGUUCUAUUACUCUUUCUCCUCUCUCGUGUGUGUGUGUGUGGUGAGCGCACUGGCUUCGCAUAAUCUAAGUGAAUGCUGCACACUGGUGGUGGUUGAGGAGCGAUCCCCUGAUAUGAUUGUAAAGCGCUUUGGGUGUACUGUAGUACAUAUGAAAGCGCUAUAUAAAUUCCUCAAUAAGGAAUUUAUCUAAAAAUAAGAAACGUUGUGCUCUUAAAAUAAGAAAGUAUGGCUUGAAAUUUCUGAUUCUAGGAUAGACUGUCAAAAUAUACCAUGUACUUUAAAAAGAUACUUAAUUCAUAAAAAUAAAUCCCUAGAAUUGGCAUUUUUUUCUAAGUAAGAAAAUUGAAGUUAGAUUUUCUCAAAUCAAGCAAAAUAAUCUUUGGCUUUUAGUUCUAGGCUAGUUA